AUGGCCCCAUAUGAAGCGUUAUAUGGGAGAAAGUGUAGGUCGUCGGUGCAUUGGGAUGAGGUCGGUGAGAGAGUCCUGUUAGGACCAGAAUUGGUACAAGAAACUAAUGGCGCCAUCCAAAAGAUUAGAGCAAGAAUGCAGACGACCCAAAGCAGACAGAAGAGUUACGCUGAUGUUAGGCGAAGAGCAUUGGAAUUUGAUGUCGGUGACCACGUUUUCCUUUGUGUGGCACCGGUGAAGGGAGUCCUACGUUUUGGUAAGAAGGGAAAACUCAGUCCAAGAUUUAUUGGUCCUUUUGAGAUCUUGGAGCGCAUCGGCCCGGUCGCUUACCGGUUGGCUCUGCCACCGUCGUUGAGUGCAGUGCAUAACGUGUUCCACGUGUCCAUGUUGAGGAAAUACGUCCAUGACCCUUCCCACGUCUUGGAUUACGAACCACUGCAGGUAGAUGAAACUUUGUGCUAUAAAGAAGUACCCAUUGGGAUCGUAGCGAGAGAGACCAAAGUGCUGCGGAACCGGGUGAUUGACUUGGUGAAGGUCUUGUGGAGGAACCACCAAAUAGAAGAGGCUACUUGGGAGAGAGAAGACGAAAUCAGGGCCCAUUAUCCUGAAUUGUUCGAGCAACGAACUUUCGAGGACGAAAAUUUCAUAAUUUUGGAUUGUGAAGCAGAUCUUGAGGUGUUGAUCAUUCUUGGGAGGUCAUUUUUAGCAAUUCGAGACACAGUAUUCAAUGUUCGGAAAGGAGAGAUCAUGAUGAAGGUCAAUGAUCAGCAGGUAACCUCAAUGUCCUUGAUGCGAUACGUCUCCUGGAUGAAGUUGAAGACUGCUCUGCAAUAG